UUUUCAAAUGGAAGUUGGUUAACACACGGAAGAACAAAUCACUUGUUGACAGAUUCUUCUCACAGAAAGAAACCAUUUAAAACAUUUCAUUCAAACAGCACACAUAAAGAUGAUUAACAAAAGAACUCUUCACCAAGUCGCUGGGUUUGUCAGCGUCGCCAGCACUAUCUGUUUAGUUCUCUUCUGCCAAACAUCUACCAGGAGUUUUCUCACAGAUUCAUGUGUCUGUAACUGUGCAAUGGAUUCGGAGGAUCUUUUGUGGUUUUCUCAACGAUAUAAACCCUCUGCCAACGUGACACUUAACACCAAGAACAGCCCACUGGAUUGGCACACCUAUUGGUGGUGGAGGGGUCUACAAAACGAAUCAACUGUAGCCAACUACAACAAAGUGGUGGAGGUGUUGUUGUCCCUCUUCCCAGAUAAAGAGCACUACUCCGACAGCAGUCCCAGCCGCUGCAGGACCUGUGCUGUAGUGGGCAACUCGGGCAACCUCAACGGAUCCCAUUAUGGGGCGCUCAUAGAUUCACAAGACUUCGUUAUAAGGAUGAAUGAGGGCCCAACAGAAGGUUUUGAGCAGGACGUGGGCUCUAAGACCACUCACCGUGUCAUCUACCCCGAGAGCGCUGUGGACAUGGACGAGACGACUCACCUCAUUCUGUUACCCUUUAAGAUUCUGGAUCUGCAGUGGCUCGUCAGCAUCUUCACCACCAGACACAUUGAUCUGACGUACAUGCAUGUGAAACCAUCAAUUAAAGCAGACAGGAAUAAGGUGAUGAUCCUCCAUCCUGCAUUUAUGAAAUAUGUCUAUGAGAGCUGGCUGAAGAGUCAUGGAGGAUAUCCUUCCACUGGCUUCAUUUCUCUUAUAUUCGCCCUGCACAUCUGUGAUGAGGUCAGCGUGUUUGGGUUUGGACCUUCAAAAGAAGGAGCGUGGCAUCAUUAUUUUGAAGAUUUCAGCAGCGACUCUAACGGAGGCCCUCAUGAUGGAGACUUUGAGGGCAAAGUCAUCGCUAAACUCCAUCAGAAACACAGAAUUACCAUGUACAAAGGCUGGUGACAAAGCUUGAAACAGAAGUCUGUCCAUACUGUAUUUUGUUUUUGUAA